CCACCAUCUCACCCGCUCAUUCUGCUCGCCUGGUUUUGCGCACUUGCCCCUUCUUCUCCAGCAUAUCUUUGCACCGCCCUCUGGUCCGAGCAGGCUACGGCUGCAAGCUGCCUCGUCUCGAUCAUAGCGCCCGUCGAGCCCGACAACACAGCUAUCACGUCUCCAGUCCACGCCUCGCACGUGUGUUUUGCCGAUCAGCUUUCGAUCGAUUCGACUCAGGACUAGGAUCUUGCUAUCGCAGAAAUCGGCGCUCCUGAGCGUCCUUGGAAUCGGUCACCGACAGAUCAGAAAGUUUCGCCUUGCACGAUUGCCGCGCAGCGCAGACUCGUCUCCAGCGGCGCAGCACCACGCAUUGACGUGCGAAGAGAGUCUAGCAAUCAGUACGUGCCCUUUUGUCCGGGGCUCCUGCGAUGUCACGUCGAUCAACACGCUUGUCCAGCACGACGAUGGUCUCAGGACCAAGUUCGGAUUCGACCGGGGGCUUCAACAGCUCAAGAAGCCUCAAGAAUGGUGGAGAUGCUAGAGGCACUCGCUCAGCGCCGCGAGACUUUGAUGAUAUUAUGGCAGAUUCAGAGGAGGAAGUGACUACUAGAGGAGACGUGACGAACGAUGUGACCUUUCAGCACGAGCGAGUGCGCAAGUCUAGCGGAGGUCACAGUGCUGCUCGUGGGAGCGCCAAUGCUGCGAUCACAAAUGUGAAGGGUAAGGUCGCGCGAGGAGCUAGGACGGGCUCGAGUGCAGUGCCAGUAAGGGACCCCAUGGUUCGGACUGCACCUGCCAAUGCCAAGCGAAAAGCGCAGGAGGACAUGCCACCCCCCAGCACUGCCGCAUCCGCCAAACGGAGUGCCGCCACGCGCGACAAUGGUCGAACGAGAGCGCCUCGCAAAACGCAUGGCGAGGAAGGAGACGAGGACUUUAUCUUCACUCGGGCAGACGCGGCGGACGCUGCACCAGUAGCCAAGUCCUCGAGGAAAGCUAGUGGGUCGCGAGCCUCCGCCUACACUUCUAAGACGCGGCAGGAGCCACUUCCAUCAGACGAGGUAGGCGAGACACCAAUCAAUCGACGCAAUCAGCAAUUUCGUGCUGGUCUUGGUUUUGGGAUGGGGUUGCCUUCCUCCUCGACCAUUUCGCAAAGAACAGACUCAGGCGGCUCGAGCGCUGCAGCGCCUCAAGCGAGAGGGCGAAGAGAUUCGAUGGGUCUCAAAUCACAGAGACGAGUUUCCUCAUUGCGGGAUGGCACGAUUGCCUAUCCGCACGCUUCGAUCCCGGACUCUGAUCUAUUCAGACAUUGCUCCAAUACUUUGCCUCCGCUGGUGCGCAUGCGGCAUCUCUCAGCAUGGGUGCUCCAUCGCGGCAUCGACGACGCUCUGAAGGGUCACUUGGAUUCGAAAACGGCCAAAGCAAUAGCAGACGCCAAAUCAUUCGGAAACAGCGCGAAUGGGACCGCUGCACCAAAGGGCAAAGGGAAGGAUAAGACACCGGCACCUCCUCCAUUAGCGCUGACAAACGGAAAAUUCGCCCAUGUCAAGGAAUUGGGCUCGAAAGAAAGGUCCGAAUUGGGUAGGGCAAGAGGCGCUGUUGAAGGCGCAUUACAACGUACUCUGGUGGACAUCGACUCUGCAAAGAUCGACUUGACCUGGGAGGACAAGUCGAAAGCUCCGCCUGGUAAAGCGCCGCACCCUCGCAACGUCACCAAUGCAGAUUUAGAGAAGGAACUCGCUGCAACGAUCGAGUCUACGAAGCAUGAGCUGAAAGCUUGGCAUACCGAGAUCGCGGAAUUGGAAGCAUUUGAAGCACAAACGGCUGCGCUUGAGGCACGAGCAGGCAAAUUGUCGAGCAGUGGGAAGUCUUCAAGCGGAAGCGGAAAGCUCGAGAGAAAGACAGUCGAGGAGAUAGAUUUGGAUCCAAAAGAAGGAGACUUUAGGUGGGACCCUGACCAAGACCUCGAUGAAGAGAUGCGCAAGAUCUAUUCGGAUGCGCGAUCCGUCCUAGGCGCUGAGGCACACUGGGCGCCUAAAAGUGGCGGCGAGAAAGUAGACCGCGAGAUCAGGCGGGCGGCCAAGGAAGCAGCUGCGAUCGAAGCUGGGCGCUCCUCCAAGGACAUCAAGUCCGAGCUGGGAGGCAGCGACCUUGACGCGCGGUGGGCCGAUGUAGAAUAUAAUGUCGAUCGGCUGCGUACCCGCACGCACCCUUACACGCAGCUCUCGGAGAUCUCCGAGAGAUACGUGACGACUAUUUCUGCACGUGCAGCUCAGGAACUCGCUUCGCGCUCGAUGCUCUCCUCACACGGCGGUGCUGGUUCGAGCGGUACCUCGAGUGCUGGAGCGGGCAUCUGGCCAAGCGGCCAAAGAGAUCCAGCCGCCGCGUCCACUGCUUCCACCUCAAAUGCGCAGAGUCGUACAGAUGUAGAGAAUCUACUCAGGGGAGUGAGGGACAGGUCCAGGGUGGCUGCAAGGGCAGCAGCCGCCUUGCGGGACCGCGAAGAACGAGAGAAAGUAGCUUCUCUGAGUGGGGUGGCGCAGGAUGCUGGAGACACGACCGUCGGCGAUGAUAGCACUCUCGACCUGCUCAGAGCCUUGUCCAGCAAGGACCACUAAAUUUUGCCGAUCAUCGAUACGGGGCUCCUCUCGUGUAGUGACGCUUUGUGCGUCACUCUCGAGACCGAUCCAAAUUUUCGUCUUGUACAAUAGAGGAGCUGGUACGUGGACUUUCUUCAAAUUACCUCUUAUCUUUGCCACGCGUCCCAUUACUGCAAUUGAUAUUUGCCGCA